AUGGAAGUUAAAGUUAUAUGCGGUCAUAGUGCAGUGAAACAAAUCUAUUUGUUGCGACAUGGCGUUGAGCGCACUGAUGUUGCGGAGGUCCACGUGCAUUGUGCAGCGCCGAUUUGUGAAUCAGAGUUGCGCGGCGGCGCAGUAAGGCUGCGCGUACGUUGCUUCGGCGAGCGUGACAGCCGCGCCGCCGCUCCCGCGCCUGUCGACUUCCUCGCGCGUUCUGCCCAAAAGCGCUCGCUCUAUUUUCAUUAUGACGUCGAUUUCGAACGUCAUCAUAUAAAUAAAGGGUGUCGUAUGUCCGCGAGGGGUCGGAUCCAGGCGCACCGCAGCGCACGCCCCGUCCUAUCGAUUGUUGCGCGCUUGUUCCGCGCUGCGCAUUGUUCGGCAGCCGCCGGGUCGUCCGCACGCCGAUCUAGUCAUGCGCGAGUCCUCUUCGGUACCGCAUCGACCGACAAGAGUCGAGUGGGAUUAAACGCGCGAGUGUCGCGGCCGCGCUCGGCAGGCUCGCGAUACACUCGCUCAUUGACGCCCAGCGGCGCGCCGCCCGGACUCGCUCGCACCCCAUGUGUAUCCCACCCACUGUCCCAUUGA